AUGGAUAGUAAUCAACAGUCAAAUAAGGCUCAUCGUGGAGGUUCCACGAAGAAGAAUACUAGUAAGAAGAAAUUACAUCAAAAUGGUUAUAAUGCUAAAGCUUUUGCGGUGAGUGCACCAAAGAAGUUGGAAAGAAUGGCCAAGAGGUCUUCUGAAGUAAACGAGAGGAAAUUGCAUGUUCCAAUGGUCGAUAGAACUCCUGAUGAUGAUCCUCCACCAGUUAUAGUAGCAGUUGUUGGUCCUCCCGGUACUGGUAAAACAACUUUAAUUAAAUCAUUAGUAAGACGAUUGGCCAAGACUUCAUUGACUGAAGUGAAAGGUCCAAUUACUAUUGUUAGUGGUAAAAGAAGAAGGUUGACAUUUAUAGAAGUUAAUAAUGAUUUGAAUUCAAUGAUUGAUGCCGCCAAAAUUGCCGAUUUAGUUUUACUUUUGAUUGAUGGUAAUUUUGGUUUAGAAAUGGAAACCAUGGAAUUUUUAAAUAUAGCUCAACAUCAUGGUAUGCCUAGAGUCUUGGGUAUAGCCACCCAUUUGGAUUUAUUCAAAUCUCAAUCAACUUUAAGAACUUCCAAAAAGAGAUUGAAGCAUCGUUUGUGGACAGAAGUUUAUCAAGGUGCUAAGUUAUUUUAUUUAUCGGGUGUUAUCAAUGGCCGUUAUCCAGAUCGAGAAAUUUUAAAUUUAAGUAGAUUCAUCUCGGUUAUGAAAUUUAGACCUUUAAAAUGGAGAAAUGAACAUCCAUAUUUAUUAGCAGAUCGUGUUACUGAUUUAACCCACCCUCAAACUAUACAAGAGAAUCCAAAAUGUGAUAGAAAAGUCGCCAUCUAUGGUUACUUGCAUGGUACUCCUUUGCCCUACACCGGUGCACAAAUCCACAUUGCAGGUGUUGGUGACCAAUUUGUUCAUUCGGUUGAAAAAUUACCAGAUCCAUGUCCAACUCCUUACUUUGAGCAAAAGUUGGAUGAUCUCGAAAGAGAAAGAGCUAAGGCUGCAGCUGAAGCUGGUGAACCAAUUGCUAAAACUACCAGAAGACGUAAGAGAUUGGAAGACAAACAAAAAAUCAUAUAUGCACCAAUGUCUGAUGUUGGUGGGGUUCUUGUUGAUAGAGAUGCAGUAUACAUCGAUGUUGGUGAUAAGGAGCAUUUUGUUAAAGGUAAAGAAGCUGGUGAAGGUGAAAAAUUAGUUACUGGCUUGCAAGAUGUUGAAAAGACUAUGAAAGAAAGAUUCGAAGAAGGCCCGGGAUUGCAAUUAUUCUCUUCAUCUAAAGCUAUUUCUCAUGAUGAUCACGAGGAUAAUGAGGAGGAAGAGCACGGUCUUUUAUCUGAUAUGGAAUCUGAUGAGGAUGAUCAGCAAGAGUCAGAAAACACUGGUAGAGCUGAAAUGAGAAGACCAAAAUUGCAUGGUAAAUUCGAAAAAGCGGAUGAGGAGUUUGAUGACUUGGCAUCUGAUGAUGACGAAAAUGAAGACUAUGACUCCGAAAGUGGCGAGCCAAAAUUAGUCGAAGUUGAUUUCGACCACAAGAAAAAUCAAUACAAUAAAGAUGAAUUAGAAUACGUUGAAGACUCUUCCUUAUCAUCGGAUGAAGAUGAAGCAGGAUUCAAGUCUGCUGCUCGUAGAUUGAAAGGUUCAGUUCAAAGAAAAUGGGAUAUAAACAAAUUAUUGUAUUUAGAUAAUGUUGAACCGGAAGAAGUUGUCAAAAGAUGGAGAGCUCAAAUAGUAGAAGAAAGUGAUGACGAAUCUGAUAUUGAGGAAGAAGAAGACGACGGCGAUUUUUUCAAGAAAAGAGAUGUUAAAGAUACCUCAAAAGACUUGGAUCAAUUUGCACCCGAAUAUCCUUCUAUUGAAGAAUUGAAAAACAAGUUUAACCCAGCUGAUGAUAACAGUGAUGAAGAAUAUGAGAGUGGAUUUCAAAAACUUAAAAGCAGAUUUUUAGCCGCACCUAAAUUGAAUGACACUGAAGAAAAGGGUGAAGAAAAUGAAGAGGGGGAUGAUGAAGAAGUUUAUGGUGAUUUCGAAGAUUUAGAGGGUGAUGAAAGCUCUAAUGUUAAAGCUGAUAACGGUGGUGAUGAUGAUGAUGAUGAUGAUGAUAACGAGUCUGAAGGCGAUGAUUUCGCAGAUUUUGAUGCUGAAGAAGAAAAGGAUGAAAUGGGACCUGAUGAAGAUGAUAAAGGAUCAAAAGAAGAUGAGAAGAAUUUAACCAUAGAACAAAGAAGAGAACUUAACGCUGCUAAGAAAGCCCAAUUAAAGUUACAAUUCGAAGAGGAAGAAGAUAGGGAAUUUGGAGCUGAUGACCCAGAAGGACGUACGGAAGCCGAUACUUGGUAUGAGUUUCAAAAGAAUAAAAUGGCCAAACAAUUAGAAAUCAAUAAGUCUGAAUAUGAAGAAAUGGACCAACAAACAAGAGUUAGAAUUGAAGGUUUAAAAGCUGGGUCAUAUGUCAAAAUUGUUUUCAAUAAUCUUCCAUGUGAAUUCAUUGAAAAUUUACAACCUGAAUAUCCAAUUGUCUUGGGUGGUUUAUUGCCAACUGAAUCAAGAUUUGGUAUAAUGAAUGUUAGAAUCAGAAGACAUCGUUGGCAUAAAAAGAUUUUAAAAUCUCAAGAUCCAUUGAUUUUGUCUUUAGGAUGGAGGAGAUUUCAAACAUUACCUAUAUAUACAACCACUGAUUCUAGAACUCGUAAUAGAAUGUUGAAAUAUACUCCUGAACAUGCCUACUGUUUUGCAUCGUUUUAUGGUCCUUUAGUUGCACCAAAUACUACUUUUGUUGGGUUCAAUAUUAUUGAUAAAAGUUCAACUACUGGAUCAUUUAGAGUAGCUGCCACUGGUAUUGUUGAAGAUUUGAAUUCAUCAGUUGAAAUUGUUAAAAAAUUAAAAUUGGUUGGUCAUCCAUAUAAAAUCUUCCGUAAUACUGCAUUUAUUAAAGAUAUGUUUUCAAAUGCUCUAGAAGUUGCCAAAUUUGAAGGUGCACAAAUCAGAACUGUCUCAGGUAUAAGAGGUGAAAUCAAAAGAGCCUUGUCUAAACCAGAUGGUUAUUUCAGGGCAACUUUUGAAGAUAAGAUUUUGAUGUCAGAUACUGUAUUCUUGAAGACAUGGUACCCGGUUAAGAUUAAGCAUUUCUAUAACCCUGUUACAUCGUUACUUUUAGGAUCUCAUAAUGAAUGGAAAGGUAUGAGAUUGACCGGUCAAGUUAGAGCCGAGCAAAACAUCCCAACCCCAAUGAAUCAAGACAGUGCAUAUAAGAAGAUCGAAAGAGUUGAAAGAAGAUUCAAUCCAUUGAAGGUUCCAAAAUCAGUUAGAUCUGAAUUACCGUUCAAAUCUCAAAUUCAUCAAAUGAAACCUCAAAGUAAAAAGACUUACAUGGCCAAGAGAGCCGUUGUAUUAUCUGAGGACGAGAAAAAAUCCAGAGAUUUGAUGAGCAAGAUCACUGCAAUCAAGAGAGAUAAAGAGGCAAAGAGAAAGUCUAAGAAGGAAGAUAAAUUUAAAGAUAAGUUGAAAGAAAUUGCUAAGAAAGAAGAAAUCAGAAAAGAAAAGGAAAGAGAACGUAAAAGAAAUUAUUUUAUGAAAGAAGGCAAGAAAAAUGGUGAAGCCAGUAAGAAAAGACGUGUUUGA